AUGGAAGAGGAGGUAGAGCUUAUGAGAGAGAAGAAGCAACAGGAGAUUACUGGCGUUAACUUGGCGACUGCUGUUGGAGGAUCCUCCAUGUCUGUUGAUCUUGGACCUCGAGGAGAAUAUGACGACUUCAUUAACUCAGAUAGAGUGCCACGCUUGAUGCACGUCGUAGCCGGUGGUCGGCAUCCUGCUCAUCACAGACUAGUAAGGAAGUUGAGGCGUAUGGAGAGGAAGCUCGCCGAUAUCAAUCCGGGCGAGGAUGAAUAUGACGAACCCGUGAUAAAAUACCGAGAAUAUCGGGAGGUGGUGAGGCGGUGGAAGGCUCGGAAAUCUCGGGAGCUCACGGGAGAAGAAAAGCAUCGACUGGCUGCGGGCUUCGAAAGCUUCACGAUACGAUGGCGAAAGUGGCGACGGAGGAUUCUCGCCAAAUACAGUACUGUUGAUUUUGCUUCUGUAACGAGGAAUGCCCCUGCUAAACUACAGCGACGUGUUGCGUAUCCGAAGAAGCUGGCCUACAAUCAGAAGACUUAUUUAGCUUUGAGGAAGAGUGCUGCUUUGGCAGAGGCCUUAAGAGACACACAUGGGCUCUCCUGUCGAUCUCAGAUUUUCGAGUCCCUGGCCUAUAAUGCGGUAAAGCACGUUCGUGCUAUCAGUGAUGCCAGAACAGCGGUACAGGAGUUUUCUCAGCUGAUCCUAGCGAUUACCUCCAGCGGAGAGUCUUUGACCGGAGCAUGUGAGCCAAUCAUUGAAGGCUUCAAAGAGGCGUUGAACAGGGAUGCUGCUAAUGGAUCCUAUCUGUCUCUCGCCACUGCAUAUGUGAACUUGACUGCUGUCUCGUGUUGCAAGACUGAUACAAGCAUCGUUCGAUUGUUAUUGGAUCGAUGCUUUGCCGACCCCACUGUGCGUCCUGAUGACCUCCUACUGCAUGCUCGGCCUCUCACCAUCCUAGCUCUCUCUAAUGGCGCACGUAGAGAAGAGCUGAAGCAUCGUCUGGCGAGUGCCCUG